CAACUGCAUGAUAUCAUUUUCUUUUAUCGCUAUCGCACGAUAUCUAGAAAUUCACGAUUAUCGACGAAAAUGUAAAUAAAAUAUUAUAAUAGUCUAAUCACUUCCCGCCGGGUAACAGAUGCAUUAGUGCAAAGACGCCAAACGUGUACGUGCAUAUCCGUACCUACGAUGGAAGAAGACAAAGAUAAGUCGCCGGAAGACAGUAUCCCUUUGGCGGACGAUGAUCCUCAAGCCAUUAUCCACGAUGACCAAGACAUAUCUCAAUGUUCCGAUGUCAUUGUACGCAAUCAAAGCAUGGAUUCAUUACAGUCGUCAUUUACAAAUGGUAGUAAUAGUCCAAGACGAAACAGUUUAGAUCGUGAUAUGAGUCCUGAUGAAUUGGAAGAAAAAGCCAGGCUUAUUACACAAGUUUUAGAACUACAAAACACGUUAGAUGAUUUAUCGCAACGUGUGGAUAGUGUGAAAGAAGAAAAUUUGAAAUUACGAUCGGAAAAUCAAGUUCUUGGCCAAUAUAUUGAAAAUCUUAUGUCUGCUUCUAGUGUAUUCCAGACUACUUCCCCAAGAGUAAAAAAGAAGUGAAAAAUAGAUUAUUUUUGUUUAUUUGCUGCCAUAAACAAUGCAAAUUUAUUAAAUUUAAAUGUUUAAAAUACGCACAAAGCUUUAUCUACUUUAACAUUAAAUAAACAAACCGUUUUUAAAAGUUAUUAAUUUAAAAAAUCUAAGUUAACAUUUUUUUUAAUACAGUUUCAUUAAUACUCUCUUUGUUAAAACUUCUAAUUUAUUGCCAACGUUUAUUUUUAUCUUAUUCUCAUUAUCUAUAAAUUGUAAAAAGUGAAUUUAUUUAAUUUAUGUUAAACAUAUUGUUUUAUUUUAACUUAUUUUUUGGUUGUAACACAUUACAUAUUAUGUUAAAUUUUAGUUCUCACAUUCCAUUCAUACUUCAGUAUAUAAUUGGAAAAAUAACUAUUUUAUUUUUUUGCAAUUUCUUAUUAUUAAGUUUUUACAAUAGCAUAAAGCUAUUAAAAAUUAAGUAUGUAUCUCAUUAUCUCAGUAUUCAACUAAUUUAAUUUAUUGAAAUGUAAAUGUUUAUUUAUAUUCUCAAAAUGUUAAAUGAUCGCUUUAGAUUUUAAUUUAUUAUAAUAAUUGUUAUUAUUUGAAAUUAUAGAAGUUUAGGUCUUAAUGUAUGAAUUUCAUAAUAUAUCACAUAUUAUGUAA